ACUGGUUAGAGUUAGAAUAAGAAUAUCAGGGUAAGCCAAUCAGAGGCCGAGUCAUGACUUCGCCAUCCUAGGAAACAACAUUGCCUCCAGCUCAUCCAAUCGGGUUUCUCUUUGAUCUACCGCACAAGCGCAUACCAAGGGGGUGGGUUUGUUUUGUUUAGUUCUCCGGUGAAAUGGGUCUGACAAGCUAACACUGACAGCUACGACCGUGAGCGCUCCUCAGUGACCUUGAACCAGUCUACAAGAAGACAAAGCCAUGGGGAACACAAGCAGUGAGAGGGCUGCAAUGGGCCAGGGGGAGAAGGCUCAGCGGAGGGACAGUAGGGGUAUCAAGGAGGGAGAGAGGCCAAAAAUCCUGAUGGACAGCCCUGAGGAUGCAGAUAUUUUUCAUGGUGAAGACAUGAAAGCUCCUUUAGAGAAAGAGGAGUUCCUUGCAUGGCAGCAAGACUUGGAAGCAGAAGACAAAGGGCCAACUUUAGACCGGCCAACAGUCUUUCGCUGGACUGGAGAUGGCAAGGAGGUCUACCUCUCUGGAUCCUUCAACAACUGGGCCAACAAGAUUCCUCUGAUUAGAAGUCAGAACACCUUUGUGGCCAUUGUUGAUCUACCUGAAGGGGAGCAUCAGUACAAGUUUUAUGUGGACGGCCAGUGGACCCACGACCCAGCUGAGCCUGUUGUAACCAGCCAGCUUGGCACAGUCAACAAUAUCAUCCAGGUGAAGAAAACUGACUUUGAGGUGUUUGAUGCUCUGAUGGUGGACUCACAGAAGUGCUCUGACAUGUCAGACCUCUCCAGCUCUCCUCCCGGGCCGUAUCAUCAGGACGCCUAUGUUCCUAAACAGGAGGAGAAGUUUAAGUCUCCACCCAUACUCCCACCUCAUCUGCUACAGGUCAUCCUCAACAAAGACACCGGAAUUUCUUGUGACCCUGCAUUGCUCCCAGAACCCAACCACGUCAUGCUCAACCACCUCUAUGCUCUCUCCAUUAAGGAUGGAGUGAUGGUACUCAGUGCGACACAUCGCUACAAAAAGAAGUAUGUCACCACCUUACUAUAUAAACCCAUCUGAUGAAAGAUUGUCUUCUUAAGUCUAUCCCAGUGUGUUAACUGUACACUGAGUGUACAAAAUAUUAGCUUCACAUGUUCUUUCAAUUCAGUAGAGAGAUCAGGUGAAUCCACUACAGAUUACUCACAGGCUUCACCUGUUAAAUCCACAUCAUGACAUGGAAGAAGCAGCUCUCAAUGAGACGAAGGAAUCACAUUAAGGAUUAAAAUAAAAGAUUUACAAUUUUUUUGUAAAUGCAUAAAUUAAAACUCCAAUUUAAAUGUUUAAAAAGUUCAAAAUGGGAUAUCCACUAAAACAGGUCAGUACAAAAAAUGUUUACUACUAUAUCUUGUACACUCAUUGUAUAUCCAGUUAUUGUACACAUCUGUUUAAGGUGAUACAUGUCCCUCAGUCAUGCCAAUCCUACAUAAUCUGCCUUUAUUUGUUCACCGACUGCCCUCUGUAGUUUUCAACAAAAGUAUCUUUGCUUAGUAGACAUAGAGAGGCAAUAAUAACCAGGUAGGACACCAUGACAUGUCUGUAAUUAAAACAGACUUAAAUGUGAUGACAAGGAUUGGUAUUGCUGUGAAAAUCUAACUGAAAGACCUCAGAUACAUGAGGUCCCUGUCGUCUUUCCAUCAUUGAGACGACAACAGCAUUACAAUCGAGAAGAAUGUGAAUGUCAAGGUCAAAGAAGGAAAAAAUAUGCACUGCAGUAGCUCUCCACUGUUGUUACUUUUGUUUUGCCUGUUUAUUUUGAAAUUGUCGAGUUUUAUUUAGUGACGAUCACACAGCGCACAGUAGAUAUUUUUCUAUCGUUUGUGAAGUAUUCUGUAAUAUAUAUAUUUUUUACUUUG